GCUUUCCUGUCUCCUCAUGAUGUGGCCAAAAUACUUCAGCUUUAAUCUCCUUCCCUCCAGUGAGCAGCCACUGGGCAUUAUUUCCUGGAGGAUGGACUGGUUGGAUCUUCUUGCCAAGGUCCAAGGCACUCUCAGGAUUUUCCUCCAGCACCAGAGUUCAAAAGCGUCUCUCUUCCUUCGCUCAGCCUUUCUUAUGGUUCAGCUCUCACAUCCAUAGGUCACUAUGGGGAAUACCAUUGCUUUGACUAUGCGGACCUUCGUUGCCAGUGUGAUGUUUCUGCUCUUCACUAUUUUGUCUUCACUACACUUGACCACCAUCCUUGAGCUAGGAAAGAAGGAAGUUUGCGACAGUACUGGAGGGACUCUAAUUUUUGCUUCUCAUAGACUUGGCAUGGGGAUUGGGUAACCAAGUUAGCAUUCAUGAGUAAACCAGGUUUUGAUUUGACCUGGAAAAUGUUGAGGGUGGUUUGAACCCCUAAACCGCCCCCUUGACUAUGGACUUGCUCACCCCGAAGCCUAGCUUCUCUCCUCCUCCUCAUUUCUUUCUCUCUCUCUCUCUCUCUCUCUCUCUCUCUGUCAUCCAUGCAAGAAACUCCCCCCAUCCAUCCCGGGUGGUACCUUGGCGAGGAGCUGAGCCAUUGGCGUGACAAGAAGGGAGGAGGAGGAGGAGGAGGCGCAACUCCCUUUCUCUCGCCCACCAACGGCCCCCUCCUCUCCUCUUCUUCCUCCUCCUCCUCCUCCUCUCUCGCCCAUAUAUUCCCCGCAGCAGGCGAGGCCAGCCUUGCCAGUCGUCCCUGGAGCUGCAGCCUUGAGCUUGGAAGAAGGCGAGAAGGAAAGAAAGCAGGACAAGAAGGAGCCGCAGUUGCGCGCCGGGCAGCUCCAGCGUUGUCUGCAACCGAGGAUCUUUUCCUUUCUUUCGCCUUCCUGAUGGCAAAGAUGUGGACAAAAUGGAGACUGGAGAAUGUGAGGGUUACUCUAGCCUGCAUGCUCUGCCUCCUCUUCAUAGAAGGAAGUAAAACCGAACAAGGAAAAUAUUCGGAGACCUUCUGUGUGUUUCAAGACAAGAAGUAUCGGGUCGGCGAACGGUGGCAUCCCUACCUGGAGCCCUACGGGAUUGUUUACUGUGUCAACUGUCUCUGCUCAGAGAGCGGGAACGUGCAAUGCAACAGGAUCCGGUGCCCCAACCUGCACUGCCCCAACCCCGUCCAGGUCCCGCAGUUGUGCUGCCCGCGAUGCCCAGAUGAUUCACUCUUCUCCAUGGGCAGCAAGACCACCGGGAGGACCUGCGAAUACAACGGCACCACCUACAACCAUGGGGAGAUGUUUGUGGCUGAGGGACUCUUCCUAAACAGGCAACCCAAUCAGUGUGCACAGUGCAGCUGUUCCGAAGGAAACGUCUAUUGUGGUUUGAAGACAUGUCCCAAACUCACCUGCUCCUCACCGGUCUCUGUGCCCGAGUCCUGCUGCCCAGCUUGCAGAGGGGAUGGAGAGUUACCUUGGGACAAUGCGGACGGAGACAUCUUUCGGCAGCCGGCCAACAGGGAAGCGAGACAUUCCCCACAUCGGUCCCAUUAUGACCCGCUGCCCAGCAAUCCCAGGCCAGUCGCCAACCUCCCACGGUUCACUGGAGGCCGAAGCAACAGAGGAGCCUUGCCGGAUUUGCAGCAAGCGUCGGGAACCAUUGUUAAGAUUGUCCUCAACAACAAACACAAACACGGACGAGUGUGUGUUUCCAAUGGGAAAACCUACUCCCAUGGAGAGUCCUGGCACCCGAACCUACGCUCCUAUGGAAUCGUGGAAUGCGUCUUGUGUACCUGCAACGUCACCAAGCAAGAAUGCAAAAAGAUCAACUGCCCCGAACAAUAUCCCUGCAAGCAGCCACAGAAAAUUGAAGGGAAGUGCUGCAAAGUCUGUCCAGACGAAAUGGAAAGUCAGGAGCUUGACAGUAAAGAAUAUUACUGUGGGGAAGAGACCCUUCCGGUUUACGAAGCCGUUCUAGCAGAAGAAGGAGAAAUUGUCCGAAAAAUUGCUUUGGAGACAGAUCAGCCAUCCCAGGUGGAGGUCCAUGUCUGGACCAUUAGGAAAGGUAUCCUGAGCCAUUUCAAUACGGAGACCGUAUCCAAGAGUGAAUUCAGACAGCUUCCCCACUUUAAGAAGAUCACAAAGACUACUCUGAGCCAGUGGAAGAUCUUCAGCGAAGGAGAGGCCCAGAUAAGCCAGAUGUGCGAGAGCCGGCUGUGCAGGACUGAACUGGAAGACCUGGUGAAGGUGUUGUACCUCGAAAAGUCUGAGAAGGACCACUGUUAAGGAAGGAAAAGGAGGAGGAGGAGGAGAAAGGACCGCACUGAAAAGGGAAACGGAGGAAGACCUGGAUCUGCAGCUGGACUGCGGGCGGAUUUUGCUUGCCAGCGCCCAAAAGACCAAACCUCCCCUGCAAGACAACAUUCAUCUCAUGCAAAACAAUAUUUAUAGCUCUGGCCUUUCAAUCCCUCUCCAUAAAACCCUCUAAAAUACUCUACAUUAUUCAGAGCUUAUAAAGUCCUGGGAAAUGACAACUUGCAGCUUUGUGCCCAGAUCUGGCCUUUCAAUCUUCCUGUUUGUCCAAACAGAAAACCUCAUAUACUCUCAGAGCCUGGCACACAUAGGUUUUGGGAAACUAUAAGUCCCUUAACUACCCAGACAGUGAGCUGGGGAAUUAUGGGUCCUGCAGUCCAAAAAUGCUGGGUCCCAUUCCCCACCGAAGCUUGGAAGGGAUAAAAAGGUGUGUUUCAAUGUCAUUCCUUAAAGGUUUUGGAAAAGUUCAGACCAGGCUCAUAAUGAGCAGAAAGCUAUUUCUUGUUAGUUGAAGACAGUAACUGAUACCCUGUUAGUGAUGUACACAACCUUUAACACAAACCUGCAUAUGCUUUUUUUGUUUUAAUCACAUAGAUUGGUAUUUUGUUCUUUCUCUGCAAUCAACAACGUCUCCCCUCGGAGUGCAUCUGCACUGCAGUUCAACACCACUUUAACUGCCUUGGCUGAAUGCUAUGGGAGUUGCCGUUUAGCAAGGAACCAACACUCUUUGGCAGAGAAGGCUUAAGUACUGGGUUGCUGUGAGUUUUCGAGGCUGUAUGGCUAUGUUCCAGAAGCAUUCUCUCCUGAUGUUUCACCCACAUCUUUGGCAGGCAUUGUCAGAGGUCGUGAGGUCUGUUGAAAACUAGGCAAGUGGGCUUUAUAUACCUCUGAAAUGUUCAGAGUGGAAGAAAGAACUCUUGUCUGUGUGUAUGUUGCAAUUGGCCAGCUUGAUUAGCAUUGAAUAGCCUUGCAGCUUCAGAGCCUGGCUGCUUCCUACCUCGGGGAAUCCUUCAUUGGGAGGUGUCAACUACCCCUGAUUGCUUCUUGUCUGGAAUUCCCCUGUCUCACAGUGACUCACAGCAACCCAGUGAUUCCGGCUAUGGAAGCCUUCGAUAACACAUGGCUUAAGUACUUGUAAAACUACAACACCCGGUAUCCCAUAGCAUUGAGCCAUGGCAGUUAAAGUGGGGUCAUACUGCAUUCAUUCCACAAUGUAGAUACACUCCCUGUUGGUUUUUUCUAGCAAGAGUAGACCUAUGGAAUGAAUGGUUGAGUAGUGAGACAACACAUUGGAAAAUCACCAAUUGGUUCAGUGGCUAACCUCGAGUUGGUGAUAGUAAUAUUGGCCAACAUUUUUGGAACACAAGAUAUAAUCUUUUGGGAAUUUCCAUUUCCAAAAAGAGUAAAUACAACCCAUUGGAGUGGGAAAAUGGGAUGCCUAUCAUCCAGAUGUCCCAUAAUUCUUUAUAAAUGCUUAACUUGUUGCCAGACUCACGGGAAUGGUGGGAGUUGAAAUCCACUUGGAGGGCCAAAGGUUACCCAUGCCUUGUGUAGAUACACCCAAUAUCUCUGAAAGGAGAUUCUGCCAAAAACCAUGGAGAACUUCUGCCAGCCAGUGCAAAAAAAAAUUCAGCUAGGUGGUAGAGAUGGAAAGAAUAUUUGGAAGGGGGUUGAGCAUUUAGUUUCCAAAGUAUCAGUAAACCCUAAUGAGAAUUCUGGCCUGGCAAGAACUUCUGUACUUCGUGCCUAUAUUCUGCAUGAAACUUUCAAUUUUUGUUCUUGCACAGGAAACAAUCUUUUCUGCACAGGUUUUUCUGCAAGAAACCAUAUGCACAUGCUGUUAUAAAAUAACCUUUGCCAUUUUUGCGCAGAACAAGCCCCCAGGUUCUGUUUCUGUGCAAAAAAAAAAUAACUUGUGUAUUUUGUAUGAAAGAAAUCCCAAACUGCAAGCAAUUUUUCAAAAUUGCAUAUUUUAAAAGGCUCUCUUGUAAAGGGGAGAACAAAUGGCAAACUUAUUUCCUUUGAGAAUGAAAUCAGUGAAAGAUUAUGUCCCGAAUUAAUGUGUAUUUAGUCUGAUGGAGAGCCACUGAUGGAAAAGGGUGAGCUGAUUGUGUCUCUGGGUUGAUUCAGGAAAAGCUUGACAAAGUAACCAUAAUGGAUGCUGCACCAGAACCAACUUACAAUUUCGAUAUUUGUCAGCAUCUACAAGGUUGAAUUAAUGUGGUUUCACACCUUUUUUACUGCCAAGGCUCAGUGCUAAGGAGUCCAGGGAGUCGUCAUUUUAUAAGAUCCUGCAAAAUAGUGCUGGUGCCUCACCCAUCUGCAACUCCCAUCAUUUCAUAGCAUUAAGCAUAGAGCUGCAGUGGGUUAAACCCUAGUACCGGCUGUACUGCUGACCUGAAGGUUGCCAGUUUGAAUCCACAAGAUGGGGUGAGCUCCUAUCUGUCAGCUCUAGCUUGUGGGGACAUGUGAGAAGCCUCCAAGCAGCAUGGUAACACAUCCAGGCAUCCCCUGGGCAACCUCUCUAAGGACAGCCAAUUCUCUCACACCAGAAGCGACUUGCGGUAUGUUCUCAAGUAGCUUCUGACACAAUUAAAAAUAGCAUUAAGCAGUGAAAGUGGUGUCAGACUGCAUUAAUUCUACAGUGCAGAUGCAACCGAAGUCAGAGGCAGGGCUAGAUGUUGAUUUAACGAAGCCAGCGUAGUCCACAAGGUCAUUGUCCUGAAAUCUAAAGCAAUACAGUCAGUCCUCUAUAUCAAUGGAUUCAGCCAACCACGACUCAAAAAUAUUUAGAAAAAUAAAAUCCCGAAAUCAAAGUUUGAUUUUGCUGCAUGUCGAGUUCAUGCACCAGCAUAUCCUGCUAUAGCCUCCCGCCAUUUCACUGAUCCUCGGUCUCUCUGGCACUUGUUCGAGUUGUCUGCCGUUUUAUAUAAAGAGGACUUUGCCAUUUUACUGCGCCAACCUAUAUAAUAAAACUUGGGCAUUCACAGAUUUUGGUAUCCACCGGGGACCCUGGAGCCAAACCCCACUGGAUACCAAUGGCCCACUGUAUACACAUCUCCGCAAUGCAAUAUACACUUUGCCUUCUCGUAAGCACUUGGGUCUAAUUUGUAAUGGAUUCGGUGGUCUGCCACUUUUUUGGAACAUACCACUGUGGGGUGAGGACAGGAUGGGUGGAAAGAUUGCUGUACAGUAUGUUCUUUUUAAUUAUUGUGAUUAUUUUUGGAAGACAGAUGAUAUGUACUGUGCUGGGACAGGUGGGAUACAGGGUGUGUAUUUAUUUGUACAGGAGCUUCUCUUGAAGAACCAAGAUGGCGAGAACUUGCUUACAAUUAACCAAUAUACAUCCCGACCUGCCUUUGGAUUGAGUUCCACCUUCCUUCCGCCACCUUUCCCAAGACAUUUAACUUGUAACCAUUAUUUAUGUACUUGUUCUAUCACUUUUAUAAAUUAAUACACUCAGAGUUGUUUCAAA